GUGUUGUCCGUCAUCAUUCUACGUCUCUAUUUGAUGUCUGUGUGCCAGACCACUUUUCAGGUCCUUCAUCAACAUGGCUGUAUGCAGAAUGGUGUGCUUUCUCUAUGGCAUAGUUUUUAUUAUUCACCUAUACUAUCCAUUUCACUUCACAAAAGCCCAAGGGUUGUCCCCUACACUGACAGUGUCCUCAUACAUUAUAAGUGAGAGAGACUCAGUUGAUCUGAGCUGUGUGCUCUAUCGGUCUCCUCCUUUGUCAGACUGUAUUUUCUCCUUAGUGGAUAAAAAGGCAAAUACACACAGAGCCUCAUCAUGCCAGCUGUCUCUCACAGGGGAAAAACUGAGGAGAUGGUCAGGCUUGGUCACAUUACCUGCUAUAGUCAGAAUGAACUGCUCCACUGCUGAUAAACCAUCACAGCAAUCACAAUCUGUUUCAGUUAUUGUUAAAGGGUUUUCCCCUACACUGACUGUGUCCUCAGACAUUAUAAGUGAAAGAGACACAGUUAUUCUGAACUGUACGGACUCUCGGUCUCCUCCUUUGUCAGAUUGUAUUUUCUCCUUAGUGGAUACAAAAAAAAAUACAUACAAAGCCCCAUCAUGCCAGCUGUCCCUCACAGGGGAAGAACUGAGGAGAUGGUCAGGCUUGGCCACAUUACCUGCUAUAGUCAGAAUGAACUGCUACACUGCUGAUAAACCAUCACAUCCUGUUUCAAUUACUGUUAAAACACCUGCUCCUCCUCCUCCAAAGCCCAACCUGAAGAUCUCCCCUGCAGUCCUCAGAGAGAGCAGCACAGUUCAGAUGACCUGUGAAGUACCUCAGUCUCAGUCUGCGUCUCUGUGUCUCUUCUACCUGGAUGGGAUAGAAGCUGCUCCAUACAGUCACCCAUCAUGUCAAAUGUCCCUCACUGGUGUUCAGAUCCAGCAGUGGACACGUCAGAGUUCCCCUCUAGAGGCUAAAGUGGGGUGUUAUUACCUCACAGAAGGAGCAAGAACUCCAUCAGAUCACUCAGAUUAUGUUUCAUUGACUGUUCUGGACAGACUGCAGAAGCCUAACAUAAAGGUCCUUCAUGAUGGUUCCAUCUCCAUUGUCUGUCACAUACCAAAGCAUUUUGGUGAGGCCACCGACUGCCAACUUUACACUGGAGAUGAACACCAGUCUUAUCUAAAAACAAAGACAUCAAAGAGUGCAUCUGGAGUCCUGGCCUGCCAGUUUACUGUGAACAAAGAUGAUUUAUUCAGACGUCUGCAGUCAGUGAGAAGCAGAGGGGUGAGCUGUGAUUAUACAGUGAACACAGAACCUCCAUCUCUCUCUCCACGCAGUGACCCUUACAACUUUACAGCAGCCACAAUAACAGCAGCAACAACAGCAUGUGGAACAAAAACAAUAGGCCUAUCAUCAACAACAACUUCAACAUUAAAAUCAACAAGAAAAAUACUAACAACAACAAUAUAUCCAUCAUCCUCAGGGCCUGCAGUUUUAACAUCGACCAGUCUAAGAGACUACUCAACUCACCUGCACUCCAAUCAAGCUGCAAAGGAUUCCUUCACAUUUGGUCCAUGGUUGCCUGUGUCAGCCGUGGUACUUGUAGUGGGCCUGUUCCUGGGUGUCCUCACUGCCGGAUGUCUCUCCCCCAAGAGGCAUAAACACACAAGAUCACAGAAUGCCACAAAUUGGAGAAGUGAUGCUGUCAGAUUUGGUCCAAAUAAUAUCAAGCAGAUGGAUAAAGGGGGUGAUAGGUCUCUCCUUGCCAUCUUGGAAACCUCAGGCAGUGAUCUGAAAAAAGACUCAGAGGAGGAUGUGUCCAACCCGUAUCAUGUGUACAGCACCAUUCCUGACACACUGGACGUUUCCACCCAGCAGGGCCCCACCUACAGCUUAGCACAGGCAGGAAGGGACCCACACACCACCCAGCAGGGCCCCACCUACAGCUUAGCACAGGCAGGAAGGGACCCACACACCACCCAGCAGAACCCCACCUACAGCUUAGCACAGGCAGGGAGGGACCCACACCACCCAGCAGGGCACGGCUUAUAGCUUUCUGCAGGUCUAAUUUCACUGGUCCUGUAGUCUUUAAAUUAAAGCAAUAACAAAACGUGUACAAAAGCUACUAUCAUUGUGUCAGUAGACAUAUAACUGUGCCAUCAAUGUAGUCAAUAGGGCACUGUAAUGCAAGACUAUACAGUAUGAGGCUGUGGCCAAAAUGCUUAUAUAUUUUCUUGUCUUCUGAUACAUUCUGUCAGUAGUGAAACAGCCUGCAAGAAUAAGAUGAAAACCUUAUGGCCAAGACAGACAACCUAGAGACACAUGUGCAGAAUGAAUGUAGACAUAUGAUAUCAUUUGGAUCCUAUGGUAGAAUAUUCAUAUAACAAGACAAGAUUCCUUAUAGUGUAUAACAAAUUACAGUUAAUAUGUUGCUAGCACGUGGUCUUGUUUUUCUGUUCUGUCUCCAGUAAAUACUAAUGUAUUCUUAUCUACUGAAAUGCUAUGAAAUGACACAGACUCUGUACUCAGGAUAACACAGUUAGACUCCAGCUGUACAGUGGAAAAUAUGUCUUUAUUUGUUGUUCUUUUCUCUUGGGAGGACAAAAUGUACAUAGGUCUUUGAAGCUCUUUACAAAAGCAAUGUCCUUAAAACAGGCAAGUGUGGGGUUUCAGUUUGAGCCUGCUCUGCAGCAAAACCCACUGACACUGUGGUUUAAAUGCUUACUGGCACAGCUAUAUGCUCAUGUACUACAACAGUUUCUUCAAUCUGUCCAUGCAUUGUUUUAGUCAGUUACUUCUUCUAUAUGAAAUCACCUCAGCUAUAAAAAUAAUGAGGUAGAAUGAAUUUAACAGCAGAACAUUUGUCACUCUUUUAUCGAUUAAAAUCCACACUUAACACAUCAGAGUAUUCAAUUGACAAAAGCAAUCAAGGCAAAAACGUCAUUCCAACAAACUGUCACAUCACCUUUGAAGGUGCUGUUUGUAAGAUUUGAAUUCACUUUUCUUACAUAUUUUGAUUUUUUCUUACAUAUUUUGAAGUCAAUGGCUAAUUUGUGUUCUAGUGUGUGUAGUCACUGACCAACAGAGGUAUGGCCCACAGUGUGUAACAAAUGGGAUUUUGUCUUUCUAAUAAAUGUUUUUUCCUGGAAGACUUGUACUCUC